CUCAGAAGUACACGCAAAGCUUGCCUGGCCGCUCCAGACCAAGAUGUGGUAGUCGCUCCAGACCAAGAUGUCUUAAAAGACAAUGCUCCUUCAGUCUGCCCACUGCCUGCGUAAAGCUUAGACAGUAAAAGCGAUGAUAUUUACAAUCCGUACGUUUUUGCUGGCGCUGUCAGCGCUGGCUUUAGCCCAUGAAGCUGCGGCUAUGUUUGAGGACCAAGCAGGGACAUAUGACUGGUACAAACAGCAUGUAGGGUUUACAGCUAGCGCAUCGUUUCACCCAAGCAAGCCCAGGGUCUGCAUUUCCACAGCGCAAGCUGUGGUCGGCUGCCUUAAUUUACGCGAUGGCAGCAUCGCGUGGCGUAAGCUGCUAGGAAGCGGCAACGGGGAUCUUCCUUCUUCAAUGCUACUUCUACCACAGACACAAUUACUCAUCACAGCCGUGGAUGGUUACCUCCGCGCCUUUGAUCUGGAGGGACAUCUCAAGUGGCAGCGCAGAUUACCGAGCAGCACCAAUGUAGCACAGCUUGUGGAGAUACCCGAGUCAGCGGAUGGAGCAAGCAAAGUUCUUGUUCUGCAGAACGGGGGCUCGCAGGUGUUCGACGCUGCUGAGGGCACCGAGCUAGCGAAGCACGGCGCACUGCCGCAGCUCGACAGGAGCAACGUGGCAGCGGUGGUCGUUGGGAAGACCGCAGCAGUUCUGGCGCACGAUGCAGGGUCCUCUGAAGCCUCUCUCGCUGUCCUGGACGAUUACAUUAAGGGAACUGCAAAGGUGGAGACGCUAGUGCUGCCCGCGGGCCUGUCAUCGGAGGUCGCUGCCUCCUCCAGCAGCUUCGCGGCGCUUACUGCGGAUGGCGCAGCCCUGUGCGUGACCUCCCUGGAAGGUGAGCCCCUGGCCCCGACCCCGGUGAGGUGCAAGCCGCUGUCAGAGCUAGCACCGGAGCUGCCCGCAUCGCAGUCACGCAAGCUGUCCGCCACCUCCUCCGGCUUCGUAGUCGUGAAUGCUGACCCCGCUGCCCCUGGCGCCGCCCUGCUCAAGGUGGAGGCCGGCGGCGACGUCAGCCUGCUGAGGCACUUCCCGAAGGCCGUUGGGGUGUCUCCGGAGGCGCGUGCGGAGGAGGAGCGGGUUGUGGGGCUGCUUGAGGUGUCCGGCGACGGCCGCAUGGUGCUGGUCGUGGCUUCCACCGCCACCGGCAAGACGCUGCAGGAGGAGUCCUACCCGGCUGCUCCCUCGCACGAGCGCCAUGUGGGGCAGGCGCCGCAGCUGCUGCCCUCGGGCGUGCAGCUGGGCACUUUCCGGAAGAAGGACAGGAGCACCGGCUUCAGGGCGCUUGUUUCCUUCAACACCGGCGUCACGCUGUUUGUCCAGCAAGGCGUGGUGGUGUGGUCGCGGGACGAGAGCCUGUCCGCCGUCAAGGAGACGCUGUUUGUGGACCUGCCGGCGCGGGGAGUCAACGGCACAGCCCUGGAGGGCACCUCGGGUACCCAGGUUGACCUCAACACGCGCUUCCGGUAUCAGCUGCUGGGUGCCAAGAUCCAGCUGAAGCUCAACACGCCCGCGGAGGCUGCUGAGUUCACGCAGCUGCGGGGCGCGCUGUCAGACAAGAACCUGCCGGUCCGCGAUGUGAACGGAUUCCGCAAGCUGCUGCUGGCCCUGACAUCCACCGGCAAGCUCUCCGCCCUGCACAACGGCGACGGCCGGGUGCUCUGGUCGCGCUUCUUCUCCCCCGACUCCACGCCCACCCGGCUGCUUCCCUGGCGCUCCUACCACGACAUUCAGCACCCGCCCCAGGUGCUGCUGCUGCGGGAGACCCAGCCGGGAGCCUACGCGGCCGUGCUGAACGCGCACACGGGCGAGGAGCUCUGGCGCACCCCGCUGUCGUACGGUGUGGCCAAGGUGGUGCCCCUGCACACGCCCCUGCAUGAGGGCUCCGCGGAGCAGAGCUUGUACCUCCUUGUGGAGCAGCAGCAGCAGCAGGACGUCAGCAGCGUCCCGGUCGUGCACUUGUUGCCGGACACCGCGGCCAGUCGUUCGCAUGUUGCGUCGUUGCGGCGCUCGCUGUUCUUCUUCAUGCAGGGGCCGGAGCGGGGUGCGCUGCAGGGGUUCAGCCUGGCGGCAGGAGCGGAGCAGGACGGGUCGGGGGCGUUGGCGGUGGUGCGGGUGUGGGAGCUGGCGCUGCCGGACAGCAUCCUGGCGACCGCUGCUCGGGACCCCACGGAGCCGGUGCAGUCGUCGGUCAAGGUGCUGUCGGACCGCACCAUCAAGUACAAGUACCUCAACCCCAACCUGCUUGUCGUGGCAACCGGCCCAGCCAACGGCGCACCUGCAGUGGAUCCCGAAUCCGGCGACGCGGGUGACGUGCUGAGUGCCGAGGUGACCGUGCACCUUGUCGACACGGUGACGGGCCGGGUGCUGCACCGGCAGUCGCAUGCGGGGGCGCGCGGCCCGGUGACAGCCGUGAUGACGGAGAACGCGGUGGUCUACUUCUACCGGGAUCUGGAUUCGGGCAGGCAUGUCGCAACCUCCAUGGAGCUGUACGACGCUACCAACCGCCAGUUCAGCGUACUAGAUUACCUGUUCAACCCCAACAGCACGCAGCCCGUGUCCUCCUUUGCGACCACGCCGGUGGAGGUCAUCAGCCAGUCCUUCUUCUCGCGUGUGGUACCCACCGCAGCCGCCGUGACACGCACGGAGCAGGGCAUCACGGCGAAGCAACUGCUGCUGGUCACCAACACCGACCAGGUGUACGCACUAGGCCGGCGGUGGGUGGACCCUCGGCGCCCCAAGAAGCAGAAGCUGACGCAGGACGAGAUGGAGGAGGGCCUGCUGCUGUACCAGGACACGCUGCCUCUCUCGCCCCUGAGCUUCGCCACCCUGGACAAGCAGGUGCUGGGUGUGCGCGGAACCCGGGUGGAGCCCACUCGGCUGGAGUCCACCUGCCUGCUGUUCGUACAUGGCGUCGACGUGUUCUUCACGCGGCUGGCCCCCGCCAAGGGGUUCGACUCGCUGGAAGACGAUUUCAACUACGCGCUCCUGGUGACGCUGUUGGCGGGGUUGACGGUGGGGGCGGUGCUGAUGCACCAUAUGUCGAAGCGGACGGCACUAGCGCAGAAAUGGAAGUGAGGGGGAAAAUAGGGAGGUAGGAGGAUUGCAGAACUCUCAAGACAGUGGGUGUAUAGCCCGUUUGGAGGGUGUUGUGGUGUUUCGGGUCGGGGUCUGCGUUGGAAGUUCGAUGGUAGCAGUGCUAAUGCGUGCGCGGCAUUGGGAUGGAUGGAACUACUGGAAACUUUGGGUUGAGUUUGGUGAGUGGCACUGCAGGAUGUGGUGAAUGCCAAGGCGUUGUGUUCCCUGUGUUUCAGUCCUCUUG